CAGAAAAUAACUUUUCGUGUAUCGUAUCGUCGCAUGAGAACUCACUGUGCACCAUAUAUUUAAGGUAUUCCAAGUUGUGAUCAAAAGGAUAUCAUUUGUGGCAAUUAUUCCGGGACAUGCAAGCUACGGAAAGCAACGAGACGCGGCGAUCGCUGAUGGAUCUCCAUGGAGACCGUUGCUACUUCCGUUAUUCACAAACGACGCCAUUUUGGUUGUUGCUGCUGCACUUUGUUUCCACGUCUGUGUUUGCAUUUUGCUCAUUAUCCCGCACGUAUCGCACGUUCUUCACGAUGUAUGCCACUGUUGCUUUGGUUUAUCAUCAAGCUCAGGACGAUCUCCACAGGUUUAGGACCUACCAGGCCCCCGUCUCCCAAACGACUCUUCCUGUCCCUGAUCCUUUCAGAUAUAUCAAUUGUUGGAGGGAUACGGACAAGUACCGGAUUCCAGAGCCACGUUGUGACAGACAAUGCCGAACGACUGAUGUUUCCAGUACAGUUGACAGCUAGUAUCGUGUCCGCGAUCUCGAGACUUUGUACAAACUUUUCAGUUCAGUGAUUAAUUAAUAAACUCGUUAUUGAACUUAAA